AUGAUCGUUGAAACAAAAGAGCAAGAUGAAACUCUAACUAACUGCUGUUUUUCCAUUAAGGAAAAUUAUCCUAUGAUGGGAAUGCAAUCAUCGGUAUCUUCAAUUGAAUUAUUGAAUGAUUCAUUGGCUGAUAAUUCACUUCUUAUCAGUGAAUUAAGAAAGCAAUUGGAAAAUGCUCAUCAUCAGAUUGUGCUACUCCAAAGGGAGUUUGAAAUUCAUCUUCUCCAAGUGCACCAUCAACAUGAAAUUGAAUUACUCAAAAAGGAUCACACUAUUGAAUUGUUACAAAGAGAUUUGGAAUAUCAUUCAGGUAUUAGAAAGGUUGCUACAACAAGUGAAAUUGAUCAGAUUAAAAAUGGUGAUUAUAGCAAACAAUCAGAUGAUGAUAAUUCCAGAACCAAUGCAAAGGAUGGAAUUGAUGAAUUGACUCAGGAUAUUGUAACCUUACAACAACACAUUCAUAAACUCUUAAAGAAUGAAUAA